AAUGGUUGCUGCGGGAGCAGAAAGCACAAGAAGAAUUCAGAAUAAGGAAGGAAAAGGAAGAGGCAGCUAGAAAACGGCAGGAAGAUCAAGAGAGAAAAUUAAAGGAAGAAUGGGAAGAACAGCAGAGAAAAGAGAAAGAAGAGGAGAAGCAGAAGCUACAGGAGAAGAAAGAGAGAGAGGUGAUUCCUGUCACAGGAGGAUAAACGCACUGCGUAUCCUCUUAGAAGCUGUGCAGAAGAUGCUGGAGCGGGCUGAAAAUGAGCUGGAAAAUGCUACCACCUGGCAAAACCCAGAACCUCCCACGGACUUAAGAGUAGUGGAGAAAGAUCGAGCUAAUUGCCCAUUCUACAGCAAAACAGGAGCUUGCAGAUUUGGAGAUAGGUGUUCACGUAAACACAAUUUCCCGACAUCAAGUCCCACCCUUCUUAUUCGAAGCAUGUUUACAACGUUUGGAAUGGAGCAGUGCCGAAGGGACGACUAUGACCCCGACGCCAGCCUGGAGUACAGCGAAGAGGAGACCUACCAGCAGUUCCUGGACUUCUAUGAGGACGUGCUCCCGGAGUUCAAAAACGUGGGGAAGGUGAUCCAGUUCAAGGUCAGCUGCAAUUUGGAACCUCAUCUGAGGGGCAAUGUGUAUGUUCAGUAUCAAUCGGAAGAAGAAUGCCAAGCGGCCCUUGCCCUGUUCAACGGACGGUGGUAUGCAGGACGACAGCUUCAGUGUGAAUUCUGCCCAGUGACCCGGUGGAAAAUGGCCAUUUGUGGUUUAUUUGAAAUACAACAGUGCCCAAGAGGGAAGCACUGCAACUUUCUCCAUGUGUUCCGAAACCCCAACAAUGAGUUUUGGGAGGCUAACAGGGACAUCUACCUGUCUCCAGAUCGGAGCGGCUCCUCUGGGAAGAACUCAGAGAGGAGAGAGAGGAUGGGCCACCAUGACGAAUACUAUGGCAGGCCCAGGAGGCGGAGGAGCGCGAGCCCCGCCCACUCCUACAAACGGAACGGGGAAGCUGAGAGGAAAAGGAGAAGUAGCCACAGGGCCAAGAAAUCUCACAAGCACACGUCAAAAAGUGGGGAGAGGCAGAGUUCACGAAGCAAAGGAAGAAAAAGGGACCGGGGCCGGAGCCACCGCAGCCACAGCCGCAGCCGCAGCCGCAGCCACAGCCCCAGCCCCUCUAGGUCCAGGAGUCACGGCGGGAGGAGGUCGGGUAGUAGAGACCGAACUACUCUUAGUCCCAAACGCAAAUAAACCGAUUUUGCUCUGAAAUGAAUGAGUAUCUUAUUUAUUAUGGCGGCUAUAUACCCGGAUAGGGGGUUGGCAAGUCUGGCAGAAUCCUCUAACCUGGAACCCUAUUUUAAAAUCCUCUUAUUCUCUUAUAAUUGUGUGUCGAGUAUAGAAAACCUAAAAUGUAUAAAUAACAUGAAAAUUACUUGUAAUCCUAACCCUUACAGUUAAUCAGUUAACACUGGAGCAUUGCGCUAGUCUUUUUUAUCUUUUUAGGAGUGUGCACACAUUUUUUUUACACGAAGAUCAUAUAUAGCUGCAGUCAGAUGUGCUUU